AUGGACGGCGCGGCGGCGGCGGCGGCGGCGGCGGGAGUGCCCACGGUGCUGGUGCGCGGGGGCGACGGGGUCGUCUUCAGGGUGCAGGCUCGUCGGCUGGUGGAGCUCGCGCCGGGGUUUAACUGGGACCUGCCGACCAUCGCGUCGAUCGACGUCUACGGCGCCGUGCAGGAGUACCGCGUCGCCGUCCGGGACUUCACGGACCCCGCCACCGGCGAGGUGCUCGACAGAGACGGCCUCCAGCAUAGAGUGGACGGCAUCUUCGCGGAGUGGGUCCAGGGCGUCGAGGAGCUCGGCCACCUCGUGAGGGCUGCGACCGAUCUCGGGAUGAACGAUCUUUUGACAGAGUGCAACAAGAGGGUGCAGGAGUUGCCUCUAGUAGAACAGCAGCAAGUGAUGCAGUUUUCCCAGAACGCCCCAGGACACCUGUGAGUGGCUCCGCAAAUGGCAUCCUCGUAGUUAUCGUUAGCAGAUCAUCACCUGGGUCAUUAACCUAGUUAAAAAGGACAUGCUACCUAGGCUGUGGGUUAGGUUAAGUCUUGAGUACAUGGCUACAACUCUGUUAAGCCAACUGUGUGCCUGCGUGCACUUUUAUCAAGGUGUGAUAUGAGAUCUACUUGAGCUGUUUGAUGCAAGAUCAAAUCGAAAUUGCUCUUUCAUCAAUUCAGAACUCACAAGCUUACCAUGCUGUUGAGCUUUGCCUCUGUUUGCGUACAGCUUUGGUUUUCUGAAUGCUGAAAAUAUUCGAUAUGGCGAUGCCUUUCACUCCACUGGCAUAGAGUUCAC